CUAACAAGUUGCUGGGAUGUGGUCCUGGUCUAUGAGUUGAGCCAAAUAUUAUUCUUCUUCAACUGUUUAAAGAAAAUAUCACAAGCAUGAGCCUUGAGAUCGGGUCCAUUUAAAUAUGAGAGACAUAAAUAACCUUGAGCAGUUAUGGUUCACAUUUAAAAUAUGUCGACAGCAGAGUUUGGAAAACUUGCACACUUUCAGUGAAAUGUUUGCAUUGGCCUUACAAUUUUAUCUUAUACUCUCUCCGUCCCAAAAUGAAGUUUACAGUUUGACUUCACGGGGUUUAAGAAAAGUGUUGGAAAAUUAAAACUGAGUGGUUGAAAUUUGUUUAGGAGAGAGAAAUUUUGUGAGUCAUUCUUUUCCUUAAUUUUUUGACGUCUAAAAAAGUAAAGUGUAAACUUCAUUUUGGGACGGAAUGUUUAAUUUGCUAAGGACCCUUUCAUUAUUACAAGUGGCUAACGAUUGAGAUAAUUUUUUUGGUAGGUUAUAAAAAUUUCAUUUUAACCAUUGAUAAGAGGUUUACUUUGCUGGAAAAUGAAAAUGCUGAUGAAAUUGAAUGUGCACUUGAAGCAUUGGGUCAAAUCGGUUCAUCGAAGAAAGGAGCGACUUUGCUACUCUCAAUUUCAUCUGUUCCCGGUAGGCAUGUUAUUAAUGCAGCUUUUGGUCACCAACAGCACAGUAUACAACUUGCUGCACUGCAUGCCCUUGGAAACAUUGUUGGGGAAGCUCGUUCUGGAAAUGAUGUGUUACUGGAUGGCGAUGCAGAAGAGUCACUACGACGUUUAAUCUAUGAGACAUCGUCAAAGACUCCUAAACUGACUGCUUCGGGCGUUCUCCUUUCAAUUCUUCAGCAGGAUUCAGAAAUUCGUCUUGCAGGUUAUCGAGUGAUUACAGGGUUGGUGAUGCGACCUUGGUGCCUGAUGGAGAUCCUCUCUAGAAAAGAAAUUGUGGAUAUUGUGACCAACACAUUUACUGAAUCCCAAAAGAUAGGUAUGGAAGCUCGGCACAAGUGUUGUCAGGCAAUAUACAAGGCUUUCUCUUCUAGUAAACUAAUCAGUGACCCUUCAUUUCAUGGUUUAGCUAAUAAGCUUGAGGAAGCCAUAAGAAGUGGCCCAUACCUCAGGAGAAAGCACACCGAAGCGCAGCCCCUUGUGGAGACAGUGCAGAGAUUUUAGGGGUUUGAAUCACAAACAUGAAUUUGUUUUCUACUUUUGGGGUUUGAAUCUUCAAGUUUAACCUAGUCUAUGGUUCUGGUCUGUGGAUGUAUUUGUAUCUAUUUACUCCUUCCGCCCAUAAAGAACUUCAUUGCUUGUCUUGUACUCCGUAUAACUUGCGAGUGACAUAACGAGGUUUAGGGAAAAAAAGGAUGAGCCCUAGGCAAAGAGUGCAGUCUGUAUCUGGUAUUUGCAGAGGCUUUAUGCUCAAUAUAGUUAGAUUCAUUCU